UUUCGGUGAAGAAUUUGAACCGAGUCGCAGAAGCAGCUAGAAACGACCAUCUUUCUGUGCUUUCAGUGUGUUUUAAAGAAACGUAUUUUAGGCAACAAUAUUUUAAUUUUUUUAUUAACCAGUGUUGUCUUUUCGGUGGACCGUGACCAUGAGGAGGAGUGAUAUCCAUGCUGCGGAGUCGGUAGAAUGUCUGAAUCGAGCCCUAAACCGGUUGAAGGACAUCUGGGAGGAAAUAGGAAUCCCAGAGGAUCAGAGAAUACAAAGGACUGAUGUGGUUAGGAAACAUAUCAAAGGCUUGCUGGACAUGAUGAUUGCUGAGGAGGACAGUCUAAGGAAGAGAUUGAUGAGCAGCAUAGAAUCCUGUCGUAAAGAGCUGGAUGUUCUGUGUUCUGAGCUUCAACUAUCCCCAUUUGAGGAGGAUGAGGGGAGGACUAUGCUGCAGCUGGAGAAGGACAUCAGGUCACGCCUGGAGGUAAUGAUGAAACAGAAGAGUCAGAGAGUUAAGGAGCUGAAGACUCUGUCCAAGCAGGACCGGGAGCUGUGUGACAUCAUGUGUUCAGUCCCCUUCUGUAUUGACGUGGACACGGUCCCUUCCCUGGAGCACCUGGACAGCUAUCGCUCUUACCUCAAAGAUCUCACUAAAGAGAAGGAUCGUCGCCAUGGCGAGUUCGUGGGAAUCAAGCGUCAGAUCAUUGUGUGUAUGGAGGAGUUGGACCAGCUGCCAGACACCAGCUUUGAGAGGGACGUGGUGUGUGAGGACGAGGAGGCCUUUUGUCUGUCCAACGACAACAUCGCAGCUCUCCAACUGCUGCUGGGACAGUUGGAGGAUCGUAAGACCGAGAAUGAGUUGGUGUGUAGCUCCUACCGCAGUAAGAUCCAGGAGCUGUGGGAGAGACUGCAGGUCCCCCAGGAGGAGAGGGAAGGCAUGUCGGAUCACAUGGUCCAGUCCAGGAAGAAAAACAUGGACGCUUUAGAAACAGAGUGCCGACGCCUGGAUGAGCUGAAAAUGAAGAACAUGAAGGAUGUGAUAGAAGCCAUCAGGACUGAGGUGGCUCUAUUCUGGGAGAGUUGUUACUACAGUCUGGAACAGAGACGGGCCUUCACGCCUUACUAUGAUGUGGACUACACCGUGGAGCUGCUGAACCUACACGAGGCAGAGCUGCUGAGUCUGAAGAAGCAUUAUGAGGACCACAGGGAGCUGUUUGAAGGGGUUACCAGGUGGCAAGACAGCUGGACUCUGUUCCUACAACUGGAGAAAAAGGUGACCGAUCCUUCUAGAUUCAACAACCGAGGCGGGAACCUACUCAAAGAGGAGAAGCAGAGAGCCGACCUGCAGAAAAGCCUGCCAAAGUUGGAGAAGAGCCUGAAGACCCAGAUAGACCUAUGGGAGGAGGAGCACUACAGAGAGUUCCUGGUUAACGGACAACGGUUUCUCCAGUACGUCGAGGAGCAGUGGGAACUACUGCGUCUGGAGAAGGAGAGAGAGAAGAAUGAGAGGCAACUGAAGAAGAACCAACAGAUUGAACAUGACCUGAUGUAUGGUACUGCUCAACGAACCCCUUCCAAAAGACGCCUCGCAGGGACCCCUACGCCUGGCAAAGCAAGAAAGCUCAAUGCUACUAGCAGUAUCUACGGCUCUACUCCUAACAGCACCUUACGCUCUGCCUUCAGAGGAACCAUGUGUCAGUCUCCGGUCCUCAGACUACCUAUGUCUGCUAGCAAGCUUCCUCUGAGGACCCCGGGUCGUGUUGGACGAACCCCCCGUACGGUGGAGAGGAACAAGGAGAACAUCUCCCACCUGAACGGCAUGGCUCUGAGCGGCGUGUUAAGAAACCCGGCCCGAAGCCCUGCCUCACACCGUAACAUCAGCAUUAACUCUGUCGCCAGCACCUAUUCUGAAUUUUCGGUAAUUUCACCAACCCCAUUUCCUAGGUUAUCACCUAGCCACCAAUCAUCGACCCAGCAACACACAAUCCAAUCAUAGAGAUGAGUGGCGAUUUUUGUCGUCCAGUGAGAGAAUAGCACCAGGUUUUCUAUGCACCAGUCUUACUCUGUAACAGAGUGGUAAUACGGUGAAGUGAAUGCUUAGCAUGCUAUCGUGGACAGCUGGACUAGACUGUUUAUUUUCUCUGUGACCAUAUUUAUUUAACUAGGGCAAGUCGGUUAGGAACAAAUUCUAAAAUUUAGAAUGACGGCCCAAACCCGGAUGACGCUGGGACUUGUAUGGGACUCCCAAUCACGGCUGGUUGUGAUACAGCCUGGAAUCGAACCAGGGUCUGUAGUGACGCCUCUAGCACUGAGAUGUAGUGCCUUUAGACCGCUGAGGGACUCGGGAGACCCCCCUCCACCCCUCCAUCUAACUACAUUUUUUUAUUUUAGAAGGAUUUUGUCAACAUUGAAUCUACCUCCAUUACCGGUUCUGUAUGAAGGAACGCUUUAUUUAAACGCCAUAACAGUGAGGCUAAACACGAGUGCAACUGAGAGCCUGGUUCGGUCGGUUGGCCUAACAAUCUUGACAUUUUUAUUGAAGAUCAAACUAACACUUUGUUGAACUGGACUGUCUGCUGCUGGGGAGGGGUUCUAACAAUUUAAUAGUUUUUAUUAUUUAUAAUCCGCCUCACUUUUUAUAUAUUCAAUCCCCCCCACACCUCCCCAAAUGUGAUCAGUUGAUAGACCAAUAAGAGCGUUCCAAACCUCUCAGCCAAUAACAGCUCGUUUUCAGUAUUCCCCUCCCCACUCAGACCAAUCCCAGACAGUCCCAGCUAAAUUCUUGCUUGUGAAUUUUCCGUUUGAUGAGAAGCCAUUUUUUUUUCUCUUUUUUGACCAUUUUUAAUUGAAAACAAUCACAGUAAGGGACUUAAUUGUUAACUAGAAAUGAUUUUGAUAUUGAGAUAAACGGCUGCAUUAGACAUUUUUAAACCAUUGUCACCCAUCCAUGUUUUUCAAUGUCUUCUAUCCUCUUUAACAUUAACCUACUGGCUUUUUGUUCUACGCUCUCUUUAUGGGAAGUUUUAUUUUAUUUAUCACGUUGGUGCAAUUUUCACAACUCCAAGCACGUUAAGACGGCUCAUGUUUAACUCUACGCACAUUUUCAAACAAUCACUUUGUUCACUGCACUAAAUCACUUUCAGUUUGGAUACAUAUUCAAUCUUAACUAUCUCCUUUUCAAAAUGCACUUUACAUUUUGUUCUUUGUCAUAAUCAAACUGCUCAACUGAUUUACGAAGUGCCUAUUUUAAGUUAACAUUAUAUAGUUAACUGCUGAACACUAAAAGUCCAAUAUUAUUUACCUAAUGUAUCAAUUUGACAAAUUUGUUGGAAGGUAAAACCAUAUCAUAUGUAUGGAUGUGGCUGUAAAUACUACAUCGUCCUCAAUCAGCCAGUGUGCUUCAAUAGGACAAAGUGGACAAUGCUACCGUUUAGAAUUAGUGGACGAUGCUACCGUUUAGAAUUGGUGUACACUGUGCUGGUGAAACACCUGGGUCGGUCAUAAUAUAUCCCACUCAUCUGAAUGUCACUGAAAACAGAUGCAUUUCAAGUAGAGGUUGUGUGAUACUGUAUCAGUUGUCAUGUUGGAAAUGUGAUCUUGUACAGUGUUGCAUGGGGGCAGAAAUGGCGUAACACACAAGGCUGUUUUUUUUUAGUCUCCAACUGCUUUAUUAUACCCCUUUCUGAUGAUUUUUGUCCUACAUCCAGUAUGUACUAUAUAACGACAAUGAAACUAAGACUGAAAUAUUCCUUAACAUGCUCACAAACCUACCAUUGGAUACAAAUGUAUUUAAAAAAUAAUUGAGUGUCAAGUUCUAGUCAAAUACUGUAUGGGGGAAAAAAAAUAUACCAUCUAUUUUUCAGAAUGUCAAAAUAACAUUUUUUUGAAAUGUGUAUCUUGUAUUUUGUUUGCUAUUGGAUUAAAUGGUAGUUAAAAAUGA